AUGGGGGUGAAGCGGAGUCUUCAGAGCGGAGGUACCGUGCUCAGCUUCUUAGCCAACAUCCUCAUGGUGCUCUCCACUGUCACCAACUACUGGACCCGCUACCCCGACGGCCACAGCGGCUUAUGGAAGGAGUGUAACAGCGGCGUCUGCUCCACCAUCCCUUGCCAGACCAUGCUGGCGAUGACGGCGGCGUGCAUCGUGCUGGCCGUUGGCUCCGGCAUCGUGAGCAUGGCAAUGGGGCUGCGCAUUUUGUGCCACCAGGGCGACUCGCUGCGGGGACGCACGACGAGCGCCAUCUGCUUCCUCAGCGGGCUGCUGCUGCUGAUCGCAAUGACAGGCUACACGGUGAAGGAUGUGUGGAAGUCAGACGUCUUCUUCUCCUGGUCCUAUUUUUCGGGGUGGCUGGCUUUACCCUUUUCUAUUCUCGCGGGCUUCUGCUUUCUGCUGGCAGACAUGAUCGUUCAGAGCACCGACGCCAUCAGUGGAUUCCCCGUGUGCCUGUGA